UACAAAUACCGAGACAAAUACUAUCCGGCAGAUAACCGUUUGACACACUUCUAACCUAGUAUUAAAUUUAUUCUCAAAAAAUUCAGGCAGUAUUUGUAUAAACGAUAGUACGGUUGGGUGUUUAUAAAUAAUGGCUUUUAAAAAUAAUUCAAAAUUAUUUUCGAAAUUGUGUUCUUGUUGUGGAAAAGCAAAUGUUCAUUUUGGUAAACACAAAAGAUCGCAACAUACCACAGGCGCAAUAAUUGACCCCAACAACGAAGCCAUUUUCAAAAAAGUCCUAAUAGCGAACCGUGGCGAAAUCGCCUGCAGAAUUAUCCGGACGGCGAAGAGGAUGGGCAUAAAAACAGUGGCAGUCUAUUCAGUUGCAGAUUCGCAAGCGAGACAUGUCAAAAUGGCUGAUGAAGCCGUCUUUAUUGGACCGUCAUCUGCAACCGAGUCCUAUUUGAAUAUAGAUAAAAUUAUGGAAGCGAUUAAGCAGACAAACGCUGAUGCCGUACAUCCUGGUUAUGGUUUCUUGUCUGAGAAUACGGAAUUUGUUAGGAUUUUGGAAUCGCGAGAGAAUGUCGCCUUUAUAGGACCAUCUGCCGAAGUGAUAUCGAAAAUGGGCGAUAAACUCGAGUCGAAACGCACGGCCAUGGACGCCGGAGUGAAUGUUAUUCCAGGCUUCGACCAGAUAGUCACGGACGCGGAACAUUGUGUCCAGAUAGCCCGUGUCGUUGGCUAUCCGGUGAUGAUUAAAGCCUCAGCCGGCGGUGGCGGUAAAGGAAUGAGGAUUGCUAGAAACGAUCAUGAAGUAAGAGAAGGCUUUCUUUUGUCCACUCAAGAAGCUGAAUCGAGCUUUGGAGAUUCACGAAUGCUAGUCGAAAAAUUCAUAGAAAAUCCUAGACAUAUUGAAAUACAAAUUUUAGGCGAUCAAUAUGGUAAUGUUAUUUAUUUGAAUGAACGCGAGUGCAGUAUACAACGUAGAAAUCAAAAAGUUAUUGAAGAAGCACCAAGUGUAUUUCUAGAUACUACAACGCGUCAGAAAAUGGGCGAGCAAUCCGUAUCGUUAUGUAAAAAACUGAAUUACUCCAACGCAGGAACCGUAGAAUUUCUCGUAGAUCAAAAGAGAAAUUUCUAUUUUCUGGAAAUGAACACCAGACUACAAGUGGAACAUCCUAUUACUGAAUGUAUUACUGGAAUCGACUUGGUGCAUCAAAUGUUUAGGUUAGCCAAAGGCCAUAAGUUGAACAUCAAACAAGAAGACGUCGAAAUAAACGGAUGGGCCAUUGAAAGUAGAGUGUACGCAGAGGACCCUUACAAAAAUUUCGGACUUCCAAGUAUUGGAAAAUUAUACAAAUACAAAGAACCCAAUGGCAUUCCAGGAGUUCGAUGUGACAGUGGGGUAGAAGAAGGCAGCAAAAUAACGAUGCACUAUGACCCUUUGAUCUGCAAAUUGGUGUGUCAUGGAAAAACCAGAAAAGAAGCUAUAGAAAUAAGCAAACAAGCUUUAGACUCAUACGUAAUAAGAGGCAUCGAGCACAACAUACCCUUCCUACGCGAUAUCCUCACUCAACAAAAAUUCAUCGAAGGCAAUAUUAGCACCGACUAUUUGCCCCAAGUUUAUCCUGAAGGAUUCCAGGGAAUUACUCUCGGCGUACGUGACAGACAUAAGCUUGUUGCCGUUGCCGGGGCCUUGUACGCCACAAACGAGCUGCGGAGCCGUAGUUUUAUCAAUAUUCCCGAUUUUAAAAUACGCAGCGGAAAAGCCGAACGGGAAAAAUGGAAAUUGUUUAUUAGAUUCGACGACAACGAGGAAGUUUACGUGAAUGUCGCGCAGACUAAUGGUCAAUUUAGAAUUGAAGUUGCGGCAAACGUAUUUUGCGUGGAUAAAAAUGAGAUCAACUUGUCGAGUCCCAUUAUGGAGUUAACGGUGAAUGGGACCGGGAACGUGGUUCAGUUGCUUUCGUGGAACGCUAGCGGAGAAUAUCAAAUAAUUUUCAAUGGUAAUAACUACAAAUUUUACAUUCUAACCGAACAAGCGUCGAACUAUUUGAAUUUAAUGCCGAAAAAACUCAAAAAAGUAAAGUUAAACAAAAUUUGCGCCCCAAUGGCAGGCCUGGUGAAGCUGAUAUUCUGCUCUGUGGGCGAUAAAGUUAUAGAGGGACAAGAGCUUCUGGUUAUUGAAUCGAUGAAAAUGCAAAAUUUUAUCGUAGCCCAAUCAAAUGGAACCAUAAAGUAUGUUAAUUUUAAUAUUGGUGAUACGGUUACGAAUGGGGAUGUACUGGUUGAGUUAGAAUAAAACAUUUUGUUAAAAAAUAA